UGUACCCCCCGAGAUCUGCUGUCGCUGGCUGGUGAUGUUCGUGAGUGGAAGCGGACGGAUUCGAGAGCUUCAUCUGUUUCCAUGCUGGUCAAUUUAUUAAACACAGCAGAGGGACUCCACACACAUAAUUACCCAAAAAAUAAUUAUGCACCUAGUACAGUCUUCGCGAAGGAAAAGGGGAGCACAUUUAAAUAAAUAAAAAUUGAUAGCAAAAGGUUGCUAGGGUCUAGAGGGCCGUCGUCCUGGACCCGGGCGUCAUGAAUGCCGCGAUGCUGGACGCAGCAAGGUGGAACACACGUCUCUCGGCUCGGUUGGAGUGGGCUUCUCUCGCAAACACUACCUUACGCCCCCUGUCACCUUGAGUGCUAGUGUCUUAGCGACAUGUGUCACGGCAGCCAAUCAGCGGCAACCUGUUGUAAUCCGGGACCUCUCAGCCCAGAUGACCCAACGACAGGGCUCCGAUUUUCCCCCAUUUGUCGUCCGUCGCUCGUCAUUGGGGAGCGAAGGAGGAGACCAGCAGGCAGAGACAGGCCCAGACGCGGCACGCAAAGCACAGUUGCAGGGCGUCCCGUCCGUUCUCGUGAUUUUCUGCCACCAACGGGCAGCGCCACGCUUUCCUGUCCCGAUCCCCUCCCAUCAUCGCCCAGCAGCAGCUUGUGUUCGACACACACCACGCUACAAUACACUACACUACUCGCCAUACAUACGCUUUCACUGUUCCCUUACGCGCUACAUUACUCGACCAGGCCCUAACCUGCCUUGCUAGACCAACACCUGCCUCGUCCGAGAUCAACACAGGUUUCCUCUUCAUUCACUUCUCACCCACGCCCCUUGCCAGGCCUAUCCGGUACCUCUCACCGCCCGGUAAACCCUCCCAAAGAGCCCGCUGCCCUUGCCAGUCAACGAGGGGGGCUCUUACAUGUCUGGCAACCCAAGAAACAUCAGUUGUUUUCUCCUCAGCAUGCACUCGAAAUCACCAUCUUUACUCUCUUAGGCCGCGCCUUCACUUUGCCAUCCCGCCUACCCACCCACACUUCGUGGUCCAACAAGUUUCCGGGCCUUCAACAACACCCGACCUGAACCCCCUUGGCGUUUGGCCCAUCCGCCUUACUUCUCUCUCCCUCUUGCUGUCUCUCACGCACACCACACUGUGUCUGUAGAGGAACAACCAAAGGCAAAAGCCCUCCUUCAUGCCUUGGGAACUGGUGGCGACCCUCUGGCCUCUUUUCUCCCCCCCGGUCUCCGAUUCCCGCCCUCCUGCCGGCUCUCUAUAGCCACUUCCUGAGGUUGUCAUCAGCCCUGUGGAUAGGUCUCAUCACGUCUCCUGACGCUCUUCCGGACUGUCGGCCGUCGACCGUCGAAGCACCUUUGCAUCGUAGUGGGGUUGACUACCUUUGACUCGGUUUACCAUCUUCUCUUCAUCUGUACACGCCGCUUUCGACCGUCCCUCCGUUGGUUAUCUCCUCUUUACUCCGAGACUGUUUCUUUUCUCCGGACGUAGUAUUGCUUCUUUCGCCGAGGCACCAAGUCUCCCUAAUCUAUACCCCCCUCCCCUUUUCGUGUUUGUGAAAGUCCUCUUUCACACCCCGUCUCGAUACCCUCGCAUAUUCUGCUGCAGUCAACAACCCCCCUAUACGACCAUUAUAUCACGCCCCGAACGAAUCACGCCUCUCCUCGAAUGGCUAUGGCUGAUGGCAUAUCCCCGGCGGCACAGGGGUUGGCGAAGCAGCCCCCCUCAACCAUCCGAACCGCCCUUCCAUCCCGACGAAUGUCUCCCAAGGCCCGAGAUGGAGGACCGUACGACGCUGUGGAGCACGCGAGAGGGCCUAGUCCAGUGGGCAGAGGCGAGCACUUCGAGCCAUCAGCGACUCUGCGGCCGUAUUCCCGACGUAGUCCGUCGAGCGAAGCCACGUCAAUGUCCCAGGCCAGGAGUCCGGUCUCCAUUUCCAGUGAUGGCUCCCCGAAGGAUGUCAGGUCAGAACCAAGACCCAGUCCGGCGCCAACGACGGCGAGUUCGUCAUCGGGUCAGACGGGCCAGGUGUGCAGCAACUGCGGUACGACGCGGACACCUUUGUGGCGGAGGUCUCCCCAGGGAACGACGAUAUGCAACGCCUGCGGCCUGUAUCAGAAGGCAAGAAACGCCUCGCGGCCGACCAACUUGAAGAAGCCCCCGCAUCUCGUUGCCGCGGCGCCGAGGACUGCUCCUCCGAAGAUCGCCCCUGCGCCGGGUCCAGGUCCAAAAUAUCUCGGUGCCCCUGCCCCGACAUACGUCACCGAGGAACAGCAACCGUCGGGUACUUGUCCGGGUGGCGGGAAAUGUAACGGUACGGGCGGUGCUGAGGGCUGCAGCGGUUGUCCAGCCUACAAUAACCGGGUGUCAAAGUCUGCUCAUCUGAAUGUCGGUCAGGGGCAGGGUUGCGGCGGUGCUUCUUCGAACCAAUCUGCGGGCGAGCCGAUGGCCUUAGACGAUCCUGCAGCUCCGGUCGACAUUGCUGCGUUGCAAAUCCAGGGGCAAAACCCGAAUCAGACAGUUGUGAUUGCCUGCCAAAACUGCGGCACUACCAUCACUCCGCUAUGGAGACGAGACGAAAGUGGCCACACGAUCUGCAAUGCUUGCGGUCUAUACUACAAGCUUCACGGAGUCCACAGACCUGUGACGAUGAAGAAGUCGAUAAUCAAGCGACGCAAGAGGGUUAUCCCAUCUUCGUUCGGUGGCGAGUGGACCGAGGAGAUGCUUGAGGGGUCCGAAACGCAGAGUGUGGCCCCAGAAGGGAGUCCCGAAAGGGGCACCAUGAACGAGGACGGAUCUGUUAAUCUGGGCUUCCGGCGUCGCGAGGAAAACAACAUGACGAUGCUCCCGGGUCCCAACCUGCAUCAGAACCGACAAGGCUCCCCGCUGCCGUCACACGAUUUAGCUGCUUAUCAGUCAUCGAGUUCUCGGACUUCGCAUCCCUAUCCGGGGUCGCUCAACGACGACAACCGACUCGCUCCUAUCACUUCGCUGGGCGCCGCCGGAGAACGACAAUCGUCGCUGUCGCCCGCUUCUUUCCUCUCUCUGUCUAGGAAGCGAUCACUGUCCGCCGAGGGAAACCCGUCGGGAGACGGUGGACCCGAUACCUCGAAACGACUCUCGUCCAUCAAGUCAAUUCUGAACCCAACCAGUGCAGACGAUAGCCCUGCAUACCAAUCAGGAAGCGACGACGCGGCGGAGCACUACGCCCGGUCUGCCAUGUCUCCCCCCGCCUCCGCGCCGAGUCCAGGAUCAUAUUCUAACUCCCACAUGACUCCUCUUCCAUCUCCAGGGCCGAGCAGCCAGACAAGUAAUCCGGGGUACAGGCCAGAAACGGAAAGGGUCAAGGCGGAGAAGAGGGCGGCUUUGGUCCGAGAAGCCGAGAGGAUGAGGGAGAUGUUGGCGGCGAAGGAGAGAGAACUGGCAGAGCUGGGCCACGAAUAAACGAAGCGAGAACGCAAGUUCCAAAAUGAUGCAAACGAAAACGGAAUUAUCCACCUUUGAACUAUCUGGGGAACAUCACGGGCACACACUAUGGCUUUAGGAGUUGCUUCUACAUUAUUCUACGCUACGGUGGCGGCGGGCUGGAGGGUUUAUUUCACUUUUUCAGAUGGGGUCAUUCCACCCGGGGCGAAGGUAAAAACACAAAACGGACAGGGUCUGGCCUUACACAAAAUGGGAGAGGACGGCGUGCUUUCCCCCCCGAACGCAUUCUGGCGUACUUUUCGGAAGAAACCAGCAUCUCGAAGCUUUCCACCGGCUCACGACACGGCGUUUCUUUCCUUGCGACAACCCGAUUUACCGGUUAGAUCUCAGGGGGGAGGUUUAUCACGGACGAGAGAAGGAAGGCUUAAGGGAUCGGUUUGGAGUUUUUCUUUUUGUUGUAUUUUCCAAAGUUUCCUUUCUUGAUGCCCUCGGCUUAGACACUGGGCACCCAUCAUGUAGUAAUUGGGCGAGGCCGGGAAAAGGGGUUAGCAUCCAAAAAAGGGUCGGACAUGGCAAGAGGCGUCACCGGACGACGACGACGGUGGUUGGUCUACAUUUUCUUGCUAGGGUCUGCGUGUGUAUCAAUGUCUCGCAAGAGGAAGCAAAGUAUCUGCUCGCAUUCCAAUCCCAAACGGGGUGUUACCUCUUUUUACACCGAGUAUUCUCUCACAGUUUCCUU